AUGAUUCUGUCUCAGAUAUAUGAAAGCACAAUUCGGCAGAACUGGACUGUGAGAUUCACUGUGGAGAAGAUCACCAAAAACCCUGACCUAUCAGACGUGACUCUAGCCUACAAUAUCUAUGUCAUCGGUGGUGGGAAUGACUUGCUGCAGGACACUUUGGAGGCUGUAAAUGGGGGAGUGCGGAGAGUGCAGACAAGCCUGCAGAUCUCCAGACCUAAUGCAUGUGAAUAUGUUUCACACAUCCUGCACCGCAAGAUUGAGAAGAGUUGCCAUGUCACUGUCUCUUAUGGGUGGGUGGAAGGUCUGCUGCUAACAGCUCUUUCCUGGCUAGGCGUCUAUACCACUACAGCAGUGACCAUGUUGAGGAGAGACACCCCUGUCCUUGGAGCCAACAGCAAGCUGAGCUUCCUUCUGCUCUUCACUCUGACUCUGAGUUCUUUCGCACCUCUAACCACCAUUGGCCGGACCCAGGGGUGGUCCUGUAUGUUGCGUCACACAGUGUUUGGCACCACCUUCGUCCUCUGCAUCUCUUGUGUCCUGGGGAAAACAAUAAUGGUGUUGAUGGCCUUCAGGGCUACACUUCCAGGCAGUAAUGUCAUGAAAUUGUUUAAUACUCCACAACAGAGAUUCAGUGUUCUAGCUUUCACUCUCAUACAGGUCCUGAUCUGUGUUAUUUUGUUAACAAUCUUUCCUCCAUUACCCAACAAGAAUAUGGAACACUAUAAAGAAAAGAUGAUUCUAGAAUAUGAUGCGGGUUAUGCUAUUUGUUUCUGGGCUAUGUUGGGUUAUAUUGGACUACUCGUUCUAUUUUGUGUUGUGUUGGAGAUGGAACCCAUGGUGCAGAAGGGGGGCAGGAUGGGCAUGUCCCUUGGCAGUUCUGGCUCCCAGUCAUGCAGGAGGGAGAGUGCGUCCGCCAUGACGUUCUUUGUACCUGGUCAGUAUGUCAGGGUGAACUGGAAGCACUUGAAGAACGGGAAAUGA